AUGAAUAGUCGGAAUAUUCACAACUCGGAGCAGAGUUCCAAUAAUCGAAAUUCCAAUAACGACAACUCGAACAACCACAGCUCGAACAAUCACAACUCGAACAACCAAAGCAGUGAUAGUUACGAAGUCUCUAGUUACGAGACUCCAAACACAGAUCCCCUACUCCAUACUAGCUAUGCCGAGGAUUCGGAUUACUACAGAACCUUCCUCGAACAACUUCUGGAUUUGGUUUGCAACGAGGAUCAAGAGACGGUAGCCCGAUUAGUCUCUAUCAUCCGUUCCGGUGCUUCCCAACGAGAGAUCCUCGCGGUGAUCUCUCAAAUGCAGAAUGGAAACAACCACUUCGGGGAUAAUGCGGGUGCCACGGGAUCCUAA